AUAGAUUCCAAAAAGAUUGCGCCAACACAUUCUUGUUCAUACAAGACAUACAUACACCAAUAAGGAUAGAUUAUACGAUUAAUUAGGGUUUUUCGUGAGUAAUCUAGUUCGGGCGGUGCGCGGAUUUGACUCAAAUGCGUGGAUUCGAAUCCGAAUCUCGGCCCAUCCCUAGACAUAGUAAUAAUUUGAACAUAGAAAAGCAACGACUGACGUUCGAUCAGUCGGACAAUGUUCUGGUUAUUUUGAGCCUUGCUGUAAAGACGCAUGAUUACGUAAUCCGCUUCGCAAACAAAGAUUUUUCAUAAUUGCUAGUUGUAUGUAUAAGUUAUCAUUUCUGAUCCGACUUUAAGGCACGAUGGACGUCGGCACUAUUCGGUGGGGUAUUUGUUCUGUAGGAAAAAUAUGUCAAGACUUCACGGGCAACUUGUUAUCCUUACCCAAAAAUGAACAUAUAGUUGAAGCUGUUGCAUCGUCUUCUUUGGAAAGAGCGCAGGCUUUUGCCAAAGAAAGAGGCAUUUCGAAGUCAUAUGGCUCAUAUCAAGAAUUGGCUGACGAUCCGAACAUUGACGUCGUUUACAUAGGCUCGAUUAAUGUUCAACACUAUGACCAAGUGAAAAUGAUGCUGGGAGGUGGAAAAUCUGUUUUAUGUGAAAAGCCGCUGUGCAUGAGUCCGGAGGAAGUCAAAACGUUGUUUUCAUUAGCAAAGGAAAAGAACCUAUUCCUUAUGGAAGCGGUCUGGAGUCGAUGUUCGCCUGCUUAUGCCGCAGUGCAAAAAGCCAUUGAUGAUGGCGAAAUAGGAGAAGCAAGAGUAGUCCAAGCCAUGUUUGGUGAAAUGAUUGCAGUCGACCCGCAUCACCGAGCCAGUCGCAAAGAACUUGGAGGUGGCGCAUUGUUCGAUAUAGGAAUGUACACGGUGCAGCUCGCCCAGUUCGUAUUCAAAGAACGUCCAUAUGAGCAGCAUGCCGUUGGCUUCCUGAACGAUGAGGGUGUCGAUAUAACUUCGAAUUUGGCUUUGAAAUACACUAAACAACGGAUGGCUUCUUUAACAACAUCUUCAGUUAGCACUUUUCCAAACGACGCUCAUAUAUGUGGCACCAAGGGAUACAUACGAAUUCACCCACCAUUUUGGUCGCCCCCCGCUAUCACCGUGAACGGAGAGAUACGCAAUUUUCCAUUUCCAAAAGUAGUAUAUAAGAUGAAUUUUGCAAACAGCGAAGGUCUCACAUAUGAAGCAAAUGAGGUUAGAAGAUGCCUUUUGAACAAGAAAAUUGAAAGCCCAUUGAUUACUCACGCAAUGAGUAUUGAAUUGGCAGAAAUAAUCGGAAAAUUGCGGCAAGACUUGGGAUACAAAUUACCUCAAGAUGAUGAAUGAAUUGAAAAAUAUGAGAAAAAGUUGUUUCCCAAAUAAUUGGUUGCACUUUUUCAUUUUGCAAAGUUGGUCUAUGUAAUUUUCUGUUCUGCAACAGAUACGAUAAACGUUAAAAUUCACAUUUAUAACAUUUAUGCAAUUAUAUAUGAAAUAAAGUUAUAAUGAAAAUA